AUGGCGACACAAGAACGCAAGCUUCCCUUUGGGAAGAUCGAGCCCAACACCCUGAAGUACUUCUAUAGCUGUGGACUGGGCGGUAUCAUCGCUUGUGGACCUACUCACACCGCUGUAACACCGCUGGACCUGGUUAAGUGCCGCCGACAAGUUGACCCUAAGAUCUACACCUCCAACCUCUCCGCAUGGCGCUCCAUUUUCGCCAAAGAAGGCCUCCGCGGCGUCUUCUUCGGCUGGUCGCCCACCUUCCUGGGCUACUCCCUCCAGGGAGCCGGAAAGUACGGUCUGUAUGAGUACUUCAAGUAUUUGUAUGGUGACCAGGUGUUCCCCGAUUCCAACCGCACCCUCGUCUUCCUAGGCGCCAGUGCCUCGGCUGAGUUCUUUGCCGACAUGGCUCUGUGCCCGAUGGAGGCUAUCAAGGUCCGCAUGCAGACCACUCUCCCGCCAUUCGCGAAUAACUUGCGCGAGGGCUGGAGCCGCAUUGUCGCGAAGGAGGGCCUUGGUGGUCUGUACAAGGGAUUGUACCCUCUGUGGGCGCGCCAGAUUCCCUACACUAUGACCAAGUUCGCGACCUUUGAGGAGACCGUGAAGCUCAUUUAUAAGACCAUGGGCAAGCCCAAGGAAGAGUAUGGCCAGUUGACUCAGACUGGUGUUAGUUUCCUGGGUGGUUAUAUUGCUGGUAUCUUCUGCGCUGUUGUCAGUCAUCCCGCCGAUGUCAUGGUUAGCAAGUUGAACGCCGAUCGGAAGGCUGGCGAGGGCGCCAUGACGGCUGUUUCUAGAAUCUAUGGCAACAUUGGAUUCUCCGGGCUUUGGAACGGCCUUCCUACCCGUAUCAUAAUGCUGGGUACCUUGACCGGCUUCCAGUGGUUAAUUUAUGACUCGUUCAAGGUCUUCUUGGGACUUCCGACAACCGGUGGACAUUAG